CGCGGCAAACCUCCAACUUUCCUCCCUUUUUAUGUGUCCCAGUUUUCUGCACAACACUCCCACUCUUCUCUGCAGCUUCACCGCCGAAGGUUCGCUCAACUCAACUCUACAAGACCAGCUUAAAACAUGUCUACCAAGGUGGCCAUUGUAACGGGCAGCAACAAGGGCAUCGGGCUGGCCAUCGUCCGAGCACUCUGCAAAGAGUUCCAAGGAGACGUUUACCUGACCGCCAGAGAUGUCGGCCGUGGUCAGGAAGCCGUGAAGUCUCUGGCCUCAGACGGACUGAAGGCCAUGUUUCAGCAGCUGGACAUCAACGACAUAAACAGCAUCACCGCCGCCGCUGCUUACUUUAAAGAGAAGUAUGGAGGAGUGGACGUCCUCGUCAAUAAUGCCGGGAUAGCAUUCAAAGAGGCAGACACGACUCCAUUUGCAGUCCAGGCAGAGGUGACCCUCAAGACCAACUUCUUCGCCACCAGGGACAUGUUGACUCACUUCAUGCCGCUCAUUAAAGCUGGAGGCCGUGUGGUGAACGUCUCCAGCUUCGUCGGCUCCCGCACUUUGAACAAGUGCAGCGCGGCUCUCCAGCAGCGUUUCCGCAGCGAGGACAUCACAGAGGAGGAGCUGGUGGGGCUGAUGCAGCAGUUUGUUGACGCGGCCAAGAAGGGCGAGCUGCAGAAGGGCGGCUGGCCUGAAACGGCGUAUGGAACGUCCAAGACUGGACUUACGACCCUGUCCAUGAUCCUGGCUCGUCGUUCGUCUGAGCGAGAGACCGAACGCACGGGAGACGCUAUCUUGCUGAACGCCUGCUGUCCAGGCUGGGUGCGCACUGACAUGGCCGGUCCGAAAGCCCCCAAGUCACCAGAGGAGGGCGCUAUCACUCCGGUCUACCUGGCCCUGCUGCCGCCCGGAGCCACAGACCCUCACGGAAAGUUUGUGUCUGAUAAAGAAGUUCAGCCGUGGUGAAAUGGUUAAAAGGGACGUGUGUGUGUGUGUGUCGUGUGUGUGUGUGUGUGUGUGUGUGUGUGAAGUACAGUGUCAGUGUCUUCCAUACAAAAUAUUUCUUUUCCAAAAAAAUAAACAUGUCCAUCAUAUGAAAAAAUGACAGAAGCAUCGCACAAUCUGGAAAAAGUAUUAUAACAUGUAAUGUGUUGGUAAAGUAACACACAAAGUUCAGGUUUUUGGUGUUUUAAGCCCCCAACGUCGUCUUACAGGCAGCGCUGCCUGGAAGGCACUAGGAUUAGUCAAUGGUUAGGCUUAGGUGCCUUGAAGUCAACGUUGGGGGCUUAAAACACCAUCGAGCCAAAGUUCAGCAGUUAAACCAAAUGUUGAUGGACAUGAAACCAAAAUGACUCAAAUUAUUCCAGGAAACUGAUAUUUUGAAUGCUAUGUGUAUGUGUUCUGGGUUAUACGCAACAAUAAUCAUGCAUGAAUAUUCAUAAGUGCUGGCUCAUCGCUGCCAUUUUUGAUAAAUCUCAUUUAAACACUCUGCCUUCAAUAGUAUAAUAAUAAUAUUUUUAUAUUUUUCACUUGGAGAAAGAAAAUCUUAAUAGCUUAAUUAAAUGGAUGAGGCUUGAAUGUUGUGUACUCAAAGAAAAUAAAAUGUUUGUUUUUUUGGG